CUCCAGGCAUGCGACUUGAACCAGGUUUGGUUCGGGACUGAGCGUUGCCAUGGCCCAGAGCAAUGCGGGGAUCAACUGCGAAUAUGGAGACUGGUCCUGGAGCACAGAUGCUGGCGAGCGGGCCAGGCUGCUGCAGAGCCCCUGUGUGGAGAUGGUGCCCAAGAGUGCUGAGGAACAAGGGCCUGCAGCAACCUCGAUCCUCGGGGCUAUCUUCAUUGUGGUGAAUGCCGCCCUCGGGGCUGGGCUCCUCAACUUCCCGGCAGCCUUCAGCAUGGCAGGCGGCGUGGCGGCAGGCAUUGCUUUGCAGAUGAGCAUGCUGGUCUUCAUCAUUGGUGGCCUGGUCAUCCUGGCCUACUGCUCCCAGGCCAGCAACGAGUCCACGUACCAGGAGGUGGUGUGGGCUGUGUGUGGGAAGGUCACGGGGGUCUUGUGCGAAGUGGCCAUCGCUGUCUACACGUUCGGCACCUGCAUCGCCUUCCUCAUCAUCAUCGGGGAUCAGCAGGACAAGAUCAUUGCGGCGCUGAUGACGGAACCCACAGGAGCAGAGAGCAGCCACUGGUACACUGACCGCAAGUUCACCAUCAGCCUCACGGCCUUCCUGUUCAUCCUUCCCCUUUCGGUUCCUAAGGAGAUCGGGUUCCAGAAAUAUGCCAGCUGCUUGAGCGUGGUUGGAACCUGGUAUGUCACUGCCGUCAUCGUGUUCAAAUACAUCUGGCCCAAUCACGAGGUUGUCCCGGGGGAAAUCCCGAUCAGCCCCUCCUCCUGGAUGUCCGUGUUCAAUGCUAUGCCCACCAUUUGCUUUGGCUUCCAGUGCCAUGUCAGCAGUGUGCCCGUCUUCAACAGCAUGAAACGUCCGGCAUUGAAGCCCUGGGGAGCGGUAGUGACGGCUGCCAUGAUCAUUGCCCUCUUUGUCUACACAGGCACAGGAGUCUGUGGUUUCCUCACCUUCGGUUCUGGCGUGGAGCAGGAUGUGCUUCUCUCCUACCCGUCCAAUGACAUUCCAGUCGCCAUAGCACGAGCCUUCAUCAUUGUCUGUAUCUUGACAUCCUACCCCAUACUGCACUUCUGUGGCAGGGCUGUGCUGGAAGGUCUUUGGCUGCGGUACAAGGGAGAGACUGUGGAAGAAGACGUGGUGCGAGAAAGACGCCGCCGGCUGCUCCAGACCGUUAGCUGGUUUCUUCUCACUCUCCUCCUCGCCUUGUUCAUUCCUGACAUCGGCAGAGUCAUCUCUCUCAUUGGGGGGCUGGCUGCCUGCUUCAUCUUUGUCUUCCCAGGGCUCUGCCUCAUCCACACCAAGCUCUCUGAAAUUCAAGAAGCCAGACCGGCAAGCUGGUGGGCCUUGGUCAGCUAUGGAAUCUUCAUGGUUACUCUUGGAGCAUUUAUCUUUGGGCAGACUACCACCCAUGCUGUCUUUGUGGACCUCACAAAGUGAUCCCUUCAACUC